CUGUCGGAGCUUUAUCGUGUGACACCGGGCGGAAGUAGUAGUUUUUUGUUGCAUUUGUUUGAGGACCGAACUGGAAGACGGUUGUCUAGUUUCAUCGUGUCCCAGAUAAAUGUUUGAGCUGCUGAAGCAACAAUGUCUUCAUCUGAGAGUUUGAGAGAGUUGAUCAUCGAGCGACUAACUGCUGCUGCUGAAGAAAUAUUCGGACUCUUUGAAAGAACUGUCGUCCAGUACGAGGAAGAGAUCGAUCGUCAGCGCAGACUGCUGGAUAUCACCUGGAAACCUGAGAUAAAGUCACACAGAAUAGACUUCCCACAACAACAUGUCUACACCGAGGAGGAGGUUUUUUCCAACCAGCAGCUCUGUAACCAGGAGAGGACCUCCAGUCUGGACCAGGAGGAACCAGAACCUCCACAGAUGAAAGAGGAACAGGAGGAACCAGAACCUCUAGAGUUUAAAGAGGAACAGGAGGAACCAGGACCUCCACAGAUUCAAGAGGAACAGGAGGAACUCUGCAGCAGUCAGCAGGUAGAGCAGAUUGUAUUGAAGCAGGAGACUGAUUCCUUCAUGGACACUCCUACUGAUGAAGAAAGUGAGCACAGCGAAUCAGAACCAAACAAGCAUGUAGACUCAUCAUCUAGUAAUGCAGAGCCGAAUCCAAAGACACACAGUAUCAAUGUAGACAGCUCUAUCAUGUCAGAGCGCCAGUGUGAUAUUGGCACAGGCAGAAAGCCUGUAACAUGUGACUUUUGUAUGAAAACAUUUCAGUAUUUGUCCAAACUAAAUGUCCAUCGGAGACAACAUACGGGUGAGAAGCCUUAUUGCUGUGACAAAUGUGGUAAAACCUUUAGUCAAAGAAAUCAUUUAACAAGGCACUUGAGUAGUCACACAGGAGAAAAACCAUACCCCUGUAAAAUAUGUGGUAAAAGUUUCACCCGCCAUUGUGGUUUGAUUUUACACACUAGGAUUCACACAGGUGAGACACCAUACCUUUGUAAAAUAUGCGGUAAAAGAUUUAUUACCUUGUCAUCCAUUAGAAAGCAUAUGGCAGUCCACUCAGGUGAAAAGUCAUUCUCUUGCAGGACAUGUGGCAAACUUUUCAGUCGGAGUAGCCAUUUAAAUAUCCACAUGAGGACUCACACGGGUGAGUCGUCAUCCUGAAGCAUCUGUGGGAGAAAAUGUCUCUGAGAAGCUGAGUUUGAAAAACAUGUCAGAAUUAGUUCACGUUAAAAGCUGUAGCAGACAUAUAAUCUAAUUUUUCUUUGAGUUGACAUGAGACAGACGGACAGAUACUUAAUUUAUCCCGAGGGAUACUUGGCCACUCACAUUAAGCAUAAAAAUAUCAAACCCAGACAUUAAACUGGUGGAAGGAGACAUUUCCCUCUGCCUGCAAGGAGAAGAUUAGACAACCAGUAUAUUUUCAUUUUGUUUUGUUUUUUUAAUGCUGAGAACUGAGAGAACAUGGCUAACUGCAUACCAAACUGUGUAAGGUUGGUUUAUUAAAUUUGGUAAUUCGGUCAAUUAGCUGCUGAUAAAAUGUGCAGUGGAUAUGUGGUAAAUUAUCCAAAAACAAAGAACUAAACUUUUACAGGAAGGAUACGUGAAAAUGAAGUACUCUGGAUGAUCUAUGAAGUUCUUUUUGGCUCUUUUUGUAUUUGAUGUUUCUUCAUGAUUUUUGAUUUUCUUGUUUUCUAGUUUCCAAGAUAACUUAUUCCAAGAAUUGAUUUUAGAUUUUGUCAUAUUUUGUGUCAAAGACAUUGUGCUUUGAGUCUAGUGUUAAAGUAAGUUGUACAUUAAUGAAAUCUGAACUCUCAGAAUUAUGAGCAAUUCAGCAGCUACAAAUGAUAGAAGAAAUUAGGAGUUCAUUAAUGUUGCUGUGGUUUUAUAAUCAAUAAAUGGUUUGUAUUUAAACACA